UAGUACUCACAAAAGUUUCCAUUUUCCCCAAAAAUAAUUGCUCUUUUUUAUCAUCUCGUACCUAACCUAAGCUAACCUAACAUUCUUCGUCACCAUUAGAGUCGGAUCUGUUUUUCUCCAUCGUUUAUUCUAUUCAGAAUUGCCAAGAAAAGCAUCCUUUGAUUUGGUUCGACAAUGAGUUCUGGUGGAGGAGGAGGAUCGUCGUCUGAGCCUUCCGGUGUAAAGAAAACAUCCAAGCGACCAAAAUAUUCAAGAUUUACUCAGCAGGAGCUUCCAGCUUGCAAGCCAAUUCUUACUCCAAGCUGGGUGAUCUUGACAUUUCUUGCUGCUGGGGUUGUCUUCAUUCCCCUGGGAGUCAUCUGCUUGUUUGCUUCUCAGGGAGUCGUUGAGAUUGUUGAUAGAUAUGACACAGACUGUGUUCCAGAAUCUUCCAGGGCCAACAAGGUCGCGUAUAUACAGAGUGAAGGAAAUAAAAUGUGUAACAGAACAAUAACGGUCACGAAAACUAUGAAGCAUCCUAUCUAUGUAUACUACCAACUCGAGAAUUACUACCAAAACCAUAGACGGUAUGUGAAAAGCCGAAACGAUGCACAGCUAAGAAAUCCAAAAGCAGAGAAUGAUGUGCAGACUUGUGCACCUGAGGAUAGUGUGGCUGGACAUCCAAUUGUUCCAUGCGGUCUUGUUGCUUGGAGUUUGUUCAAUGAUACUUACAAAUUUUCAAGAAAUAGCCAAGAGCUUCUUGUGAAUAAGAAAGACAUCUCAUGGAAGAGUGACAGAGACAGCAAGUUUGGGAAAAAUGUCUACCCUAAAAACUUCCAGACAGGUGCUCCUAUUGGUGGUGGAACUCUUGAUGCCAAGAAACCGUUGAGUGAGCAAGAAGACCUGAUAGUGUGGAUGCGAACCGCGGCUUUGCCAAUAUUUAGGAAGCUGUAUGGGAAGAUUGAAACGGACCUGAACACAGGGGAUACCAUAACGGUCUUGUUGGAGAACAACUACAACACUUACAGCUUUAAUGGUGAGAAGAAGCUAGUGCUAUCAACAACUAGCUGGCUCGGUGGAAGGAACGACUUCCUCGGGAUUGCUUACCUUACUGUGGGAAGCAUCUGCUUGUUCCUGGCCGUUACAUUCUCUGUAUUGUAUCUAGUUAAGCCAAGGCAACUCGGAGAUCCCUCGUACCUUUCGUGGAACAGAAGUCCUGGAGGUUGACACUUGACAGAUUAAUAGAGUUUGGGCAAGGCUUCAAGCUUUGUUCUAUUCACCGUGAAACGGCGUAGUUCUGAGCUGAGCUAGCAGAAUAAAUGAAGAGAAAAUAGGAAAUAAGAAGUAUAUAAUAAGUACCUAUAUAAUAUAAUUCAAUGUUUUUUUUUUGACAAACAUAUAAUUCAAUGUUACGGACAACAACGUUUGAUUACUACAAUGGUAGUAACUAGUAAGAUCAUACCCUGUUAUUAA